UCCCCCGCAUCUCACGGCAGCUGCCGGUUUUUCCUCUGCCUGAUCUGCAUCCUCAUGGCGGCGUCUGCUCUUCGUCUUGCGGCAUCCCAGGCGAAUCAAGGCUAUGGCGAUGGAGGCGCCGUCGGGUCCUUCGACGGUUCGUCGCACAUUGGGUCGCUGGUCGGGCGGCCGUACAGUCGGCAGGGAGGGCACUCGUACAAAGAUCUGCCGGGCGUCAUGCGCGAUGACCUCCCGCCGGCCAGAGAGGUGGCGCAAAGGGUACGCACGCUCGAAUGCACCAUCGCACAGGUGUACACCCAUCCAACCCUGCUUUUGCUUCAGGUCUUCAGCGCCCAGCAGGCUCCGCCGCACCCCUCUGUGUCAGCGCUGCUGUACGCCUGGGGCCAGCUGGUCAUCACCGACAUCGCACAGACCAACAAGUCCAAGGCUGAGCCAAUCGACCUCUUCCCUCCAUGUGGCAACGACACAUCGUCAGCUGACCGGUUCUAUCGCAGCGCAUUCGUCACUCCUAACGGCGUGCGGCACCCGGUCAACCUGAAGAGCGCGUGGAUUGAUGGGUCGUCGCUGUAUGGACACACUGAGGAAGAGCGCAGCAGCAUCAGGGAUGGGAAGGACGGCAGAGUGCGGCUCGACAAGAGAGGAUUCCCAAUGGAUGUUGGAGCGGAGAAUGAGAGUUGCUCUAUCGCUUUUGUGGAGCCGCUGCUGAACCUGCAUCCGCUGCUGAGCGUUAUGGCUAUUGGUGAGGAGCCUCAUUCCUUUUCUUUCGCGCGGUGCCCUGCUGAUGUCGUCUGUAUGGUGCAUGUGUGUGUGUGCAGUGAUGCUUCGUGAGCACAACCGUUAUGCGUCUCUAUUGGCGUCGCGUCACAAGGAGUGGUCUGAUGAUGAUGUAUUCGCUGAGGCCAAGACGUGGGUCAUCGCUCUCAUCCAGAAAAUCACCGUCAAACAGGUGUGCAUGGGCAGCGAAGGAAGGGGGAUGCUCCCACACGUCCCGUUGAUGUGCCUUCCCGUGUGUUUGUGUGUGCAGUACUUGCCGGUUUUGCUGGGUCACCCCCUCCCAGCGUAUGAGGGCCACGAUCCGUCAGUGGACCCGUCGCCCGACGUAUUCGUCGUUUCCUCAGCACUCAGGUAGAAACGUGACACAGCCGAAUCCUACUCCUCUCACUGUUUGUCGGGGUGAGUUUCUUUCAGGUAUGGCCACUUCGUCAUCCCGUCGCAGGUGCCGCUGCUUGAUCCGACCUCACUGAAGCCUCACCCUGUAGGCCACCUGCCCAUCGACUCGUCCAUCCGUCAGCCAUGCACUCUCACUCAAAUCAACGUCGAGCCAUUCCUCCUCGGCGCCCUGUUCCAGUCGGAGAGCCUCAUGCACGGAGCCAUUGUGUCGGGCGUGCGACACUCAAGCCGCACAGAGGCGUGCGUAGCUCCGACAAAGUGCAUUGACUUCGACCUGGCGGCCACGAAUGUGCAGCGUGGUCGCGAUUGGGGCGUGCCGCUGUACAACGAUGUGCGUCGGGCUUAUGGGCUGGAGAGAGUCGCGAGUGUGAGUGAGCUGGUGGGGGAUGGCGAGAUGAAGGAGGCGCUGGAAGAGCUAUACGGGUCGAUCGAUGGCGUGGAAGCUUAUGUUGGGGCAAAUGUCGGUAAGAGAUCAAGUAGACGUAUCUAUCCACCUCACCUGGCACGCCACCGAUUUGUCACGUCAGAGAUGCUUCGUCACGCCCAGAAUGGGUCAUUGUCCGGCGACCAUGUAGCCGUCCUCUCACCUACCCACAAGACAGCCGUCCAAGAGACAUUCCAGCACAUCCGUCACUCUGACCCACGUUGGUUCGAGAGAUACUUCCCCUCCCUCGAGGCAGCUGUCGGGAACACGCUUGUGCCAUUCCGAGACCCCGACCUGGCCAAGGAGCUUGUCAACAUUACUCUGGCGGAUGUGCUGCAGCGCAACACUCGAGUGUGUCGGUCAAUACCCAGCAACCCCUUCCUACUGUCGCCUGCGACACUCUUCGCGCCUUCCAGCGACUCCUCUGCAGAUGCUGGUGGUGUGUCACGGGCUGCUGUUCCCGCGUAUGCGAGGUGCGACGAUGGCAGCAAGGGAGGCGACAAGAUGCGGCGGGCCGACGAUUGGCUCCCUCCCAUGUCGCUUUGCGACGGGGCCGUGGUGGUGCGGUGGAGGUUUCUCAGCCCCCAGAAGGAGAUCGAGUUCGAGUUGAGGGGCCAUUCUACAGGGUGGGUGGGGCUGGGGCUCUCAUCCACAGGCUACAUGGCCCGGUCGACCCUCUUCAUCGCCCACGCGGAGGGCGACCAGGCCAUUGUCAGAGCCUACCAGGCUGGCAGCGACAAUAAGCCGCGCAUAGAUGAGGACAAGACAGAGAUCAUACGGGUGAUUGGGGGCAAGAUCGACGGCGAGUGGACGACAGUGAACUUCGUCCUGCCUCUGAGCGAGGUUGGCAACGUGGGAAGGGAGGAGUGGCUGCUGGCUGCUGUGGGACCCGAUGGAGUCAAAGGCGUCACAGAGGGACGCACGGAGGUGACCAGACAAAGACAGACCAAGAGAAGUUGGUCUCUUGAAUGGGCAAAUGGGCACCAAGAUGUCUCUGUGUGUGUGUGUGUGCAGGAUGCCUAUCACAGCAGCAGGCGUCAGGCGGUGCGUGUGGACUUCGCGCAGGGCAGCGUGACGGCGGUACUUGCUGCAGGCGAUGGGCGGCGAGUCAUGUAUGUGCACGGGGUCAUCAUGUGGGGCGCCUCCACGGUCUUCGUCCCCGCCGGCGUCUGCCUCUCCCGCUACUUCAAACACACAACCUGGUAGGUGACUAUAAGACACUCAAACACACAGCAUCAUGUUGUGCGUGGUGGUGGUUGUGCAGGUGGCUCGUGACGCACGAGCGUCUGGGCCUCAUGGCAGCCAGCAACAUGGUCGGCCUGGCUGUGACGGCUCUGGCGCAGAGGGGAGCGCUCUUCACGACGGCUCAUUCCUACUUCGGCAUCGGGCUCAUCUGUAUCAUGGUGUUUCUCGUCGGCUCGGGCUACCUCAAUCGACUUUGGCUCAAGCGGGCAGCGAAAUGUGUGAUGAAACGGCAAACGGGUGAAUGGAGCCGCAGGCUGCACACAGUUUUAGGCAUUGCCGUCCUACUCGGUGGGCUCGCCAACUCGGUGCUGGGAUGCCAUGCGCUCUUCCCUGGUCAGUCAUCCCAUCCAGUGGCGCAGAUGGCAGUUGUGUAUGCGUGUCUGUCUGUCUGUCUGUGUCUGUGUGUGACAGAAUUUCCUGGCGUCUGGCAAGCGCAGCUGACGUUGACGGUGGCGAUUCUGGCCUUCAUGCUUGUGCUGGAGCUGCGCAAGCACUUCCCCGAAGCCUUCUACCAGUUCAGCCAAGCACUACCGAGGUCACUGCAGGUGAUUAAGAAGGACGUCUCCCGCACCUUCCCCUCCUCCAAACACACACAUGCCUGCCUGCCUGCCUGCCUGGUUGGUUGUCCGUGUGUCGCCUCAGGUUGGCAUCCUGGCUCCCGUCCCCAUGCAUUUCGUCGCUCCCAUGCCGCACACCGAGAACUCGCUGCCCGUCAGGAGGAGCAGGACCACCAAAUGGCUGUCGCACCUAAUAUGGGGGCGCCGGGGCGGGGGGAAGGCUGGUGCGCCACACGCCGCUGAGCGGACCUUCACCUGCGACGAUGUGUGUGACGCCGUGCUCAAGGGCGGCCAGUGGGUGGUGUUGAUGGAUGGUGUCUAUGACGUGAGGGGAUUCCUGCCCUCACACCCAGGUGAGUGAGAAUCAGACCAAGGACGGGGAUUCUCCGAUUCUGACAAAUGUGGGAUGCCUUGUGGCAGGUGGGGGCGCGUUGGUGGAGAAGUACAUCGGAUGUGACAUCACAGCCCAGUUCCUCGGGUAUAGAUGCACACAAGACAGGGAGUGUUUCUUUCCCAUCAUUUCUGCGUGUCGUAUGGACAGGCUGGAGGACGGCCGAGAGAUCGGUCGGGAGACGUCAAUGGACCCCCGCGAGAGCCGCCCAGACACACACGUCAACACCGAUGGCGCCUCACAAGCCAACUUCGAGGCCCCGCCAUCCUCCCCAUCCCUUAAUCAGCAAGCACACACACGAUUGUGCUGCCCCGCCCCAAGCGGCGUCGCGAGGAGGAAGAAGCCACCACAAUCGAGCUCUCGGAGUCCACGUGACGUCGAGAAGGGGCUAUCUUUCGUUCCUAAAGGGAUGUCCUUCUUGCCUGGGAGGGCUGCCAGUCAGCUGUGGGAGGACUCAACCCUCGUGGGCCGGCCGCACAGCGUGUUUGCCGGUCACACACUGCGGAAAUAUAGGUAGGUACCAAGACGCACCCACGCUCAGUGCACAGACACACGCAUCUAGCCACUGGCUUGCUCGGUUUGUCGAUUGGUGCAGGGUGGGGACGAUUAUCCUGCCCGGCGGCCCCCACGACAGGAAGGAAAAGCUGGAGCUGGCCUUCACCCCCCCUCCCUCGUACUUUGCCCAACGCGGCCGGUCGCUCACCGCCGCACAGCGGAUGACCCUCGCCCUCCUCACCAACACCAACCUCUACUCACACAAGACAUCAGAGUCUCUCAACUCCACCCGAGCCACCUCCAGGCGCGACGCGCAAUCACGUGCAUCGGCUGCUGGUGCGGGUGGGGGCGUGGGCGUGGCUUUGGCUUCUCCGAGAGGGGUCGAGGCGAAAAAGCAGCAGAAGUCGUUUCUGAAUGUGUUUUCUAUGUCGAUGCUGCGGUCGGUGUUGGAGAGCCGGAGGGGCGACAGGAACGUCCUCACCACCAAGGCGGACAUGGUUCUCUUCGGGGAGGGGGAGGGCACCAGCAAGGAGACUGAGGCCACUGGGGCUACUGGGGCUGCUGGUGCUGGUGUUGGUGGCGGUGUUGGUGGGCGCCAGGCGACAGUCCUUCCACACCCCGAGGUUGAGAAGCCGAAGCGCGUGAUUGCUGGGUGAGCGACCGACGGCGGAGAAAGUCCUGAAUGAGGCGGGGGCAUUGGCUGUCUCAUGUGUGAGUUUGUUUCUUCUCUUGGGUCGGUUGGUGUAUGGUCAGUCUGUACCAGGAGAUGCACGUGAUUGAGAACGCGACGCUCACGCGUCGAGCCGACACAGCCAGGGGGCUGCUGUCGGUCCAUCGGCUGACGCUCGAGAGCCUCGUGCCCCUCGCCGUGCACUCAUACCGACCAGGUGCGGUCACAUGACCACCACCACACACACGUGUGUCAUUCAUGCGCCCCGUCCUUUCUUUCCAUCAGGGAUGCAUGUGGACCUCAUCGGGGACCUAUGUGGUCGUCGACUUCGCCGCUCCUACAGCGUCGCUGCCCCGCCCAGCCCCCACCGGCUCAUCCUCAUUCUCAAGUGCUACCCCACCGAUGGCAGGGGCAUGAGCGAGCACCUCGCCACCGCCACGCGGCCUGGCGACACCGUCCGUGUCAGGGGAUUCAUCGGCAGCAACCUACUCAGGAAGGCCCUCCCUCUGCCGUCCUCUGUGCGGGACAAGACGCCGUUCCGGAGUUUCUGGCCGUACUGCGCGGUGAUUGCUGGGGGGACGGGGAUGUGCGCCUUUUUGAACCUGAUACGACACCAGAGUGAGUGCUACCGGUCGCUGAGGCGUGACCCGACGAUUAAAGCUUUUGGAGAGAUGGGGAUUGUUCUCGCGGUCCGGGACAUCGAUGAGGCGCACGUACGGAAAGCGGGCGGGCACACAGACAUGACAGAUGGAUGGGAUGGAUGGACGGGAUGGAUGGACACGUGUGGGUGUUUUUUGUGUGUCAAUUGUCCUCCUCAGGCACUUGGUUGGGGUGAGAUUCGUCAGAUCAAGCAGGAGAUGGACCGGCUCACCAAUGUGGACGAGUCCUCCUCGACCAGCACCAGCGGCCGGAGCAGCCUCACCUGCAUCCACACCCAGGUGAUGCUCUCCCGCGUCGGCAGCACCACCAGUGGGGACAAGAGUGUGGGCGGUGCGGGUGUGGGUGUGGGUGUGGGUGUGGACGACCCCUCCCUGCCUCCAACACAGGCCAAGAGCCCCAACAAUCAAGACACCGACGUGGAAGUCGGCACGGUUGAUGCGGCAGCCCUCAGACGGACGAUCCCCUUCCUCUCGGCACUUGCACAGGCGCAAUCGCAAUCGCAGCGAGAGGACUUGCCUGUGGAGUCGCCAUCCGAGACGGCCUUUUACUCUGUCGAGGAGUACCCCCCCACCUCGCCCAAAUCGCCCGUCGUCAGGCAGGGCAACCCUGACCGUCGGAUGGAUGCGAUCCCGGGGACCAUUAUCAGCGACGAGAGGCUGAACAUGGGGAGCGAGGCCUUUGAGUGCGAUUGCCCGACAAUCCGGUCCAGCCGUGUGUUGGUGUGUGGCCCGCAGUCGUUUAGGGACGCCAUGCGGCUGUGUCUGAGGGAAAUAGGCGUUCCAACCGAGUGCAUCAAGUUCCCCGGCUGAUCUAAUCGACCGGUGUGGUGUGUGUCGGUGUCGGUGUCUUUGUACGACUGAGUAUCUGUGUGUCCGUGUGAGGGUGGGGGGAGCAUUUGUUGGAGGGAGUGCAGUGUUCUGAGUGCUCUUGCGUGUGGGGCUGGGGCUUUCUUCGUAGCUUACCGUGUCUCCUUUGCGGCUUUAUGUAGACAUGGGGGCUGUGGGUGUGUGUGGGUGUGGGUGUGUGCGUGGGGGCUGUGUGUGUGCGCGGCAGAGACGCACGCUGCCUGAAUCUGGAGGUGGUUCCGCUUGUUCGCACUCACACAGGAGGCGAUUAAGCGAGAGAGAGGGGCUUUGGCCCAGCUUGCAUGAGUUUUUGUUGACCCUUGCGGCAGACACAUGAAUCAGCUUUUUUGACUGACCAUGGUAGCUUUAUCCACGGUAGCUUUAUCCACCGGCCUGUGUGUCGUGUUCUUGUGUUGUGUGGGUGCACGGGCAGGGUAGGCGGAUGGGCAAAUGGCCAUUUGUCGAACGCACACGUCUGAUUGAAGUAUGGUCAUCUUCUGUGUCUUGUGCGCCUAGUCGACGUCUCCGUCACACAACAAAUACCACAAUGCAGUAUGGGCUUUGUCAGAUGCUCCUCUUUUUCGCUUCUGUCUGUCUGUCUGCCUGUGCUGUCCAUCAGCACAAGGCAAGCAAUGCGUUUCUCUCUCUCUACCUGUGUGUGUGUAUGUGUGUGUCUGUGUAUGUGUGUGCGUCUGUGUGUCGACGCAAGGCAGUCAUGAAGACGUCAUUGACAUGAAGAGACAUCAAGACUAAACCACGCCCGCGUGC